CUGGAAGCGGAGUUCUCCCAAAUCCCUAUGCCUUCAGGACCUGGCCAGCUUGGGAGACAUUCAGUUUGCCAACGGCUGCAGUUCACGGAGGUGGCCAGCCGGUUGCUAGGAGAGGGUGGCACGCAACAGAUUAAAGAUGAGAUGCAACAACAAUCUUGUAACUGGCCAAGAGCCAACUGAAGCAUCAUUGCUGAAAAUGACUGACCUACUGUAAACAUACUGUCUGGAUCCUCUACCAGAGCUGUCACUCACGGACAAGGCUUCUAGUCACUUUCCUCCCUGCUGCAUCCCACUGCCCAGAGCACGUGUACAUGGACUCGCUCUUUAAAAACUCUCAACAACUUCUCCUUGCUCUGAAGACCGAGAUCAAAAGCUUCCGUGUGGCUGGCAGGACUCAGCAGGCUUGGCCCCGCCAUCUCUCCAGCUGGCCGUCUACACCCGUCUCUCUGCUCCUGGCACCCCAGGUCUCUGACACAGUUUUGAAGACCUCUUCCACCUCAGGGCCUUGACGCUCACUAGGCUGUCUGCCGGCAUGCUUGGGUCUCCACACGAUUGACUAUUGCUGCAUGACCUCGCAGGCAGGCUCUCCGAUGGUCCCCUCUAACGUGCCUCUCACCCCCACCGCUGCACACUGCCUUCCUCUUUUAUUGUCUCCAUCGCAUUUACCACUAGACAGAAUUAAUUUCCUCCUUGGCUCGUUUGUUGUCAGCCCCUCUCACUGUUAAGUUCGAUGAGGUCAGACAGCGUAUGUUAUUUGUGGAGUGGCCUUGGUGUCUCAGGAGUGCCCGGCAACCAUGAGGCUUUCAAAUAUUUGUUGAGUACGGGAAGAAUAAAACAGCCCUGGGAGGCAGCAGUGACCACUCCUGUUUCAGGAAUACAAAGAUGAGGUCCUAGAAGGCUUGUCACCUGCCCAAAGACCAAUGGUGUACAAGCUGCUACCUGAAUUCAGACCCAGCUCAGAGCUGCUCUGAGCCCCGAUUCCUACCCUACCCCUCCUUCUAGUUGCAUCACAUGCUGCAGGGUCUUUCGUGACCUGCACAUGUUGCAACAGAAGCCUCCAUAGCCCAUUUUCAGCCUACUACAGACUGUAAAUACACAAGGAUAUGCAUUCCUGGAGACAUAUGAGACACAGACACACGUAGGCGUGAAUAAAAACCAGCUCUCCCGUCCCAGUGUGAAGUAAUCACGGUCAGCCAGGUAUUUGGCUGAACACAGCAGAAUUAAGACAGAAAUACUGUGUGAAAAAACACUGGCUUGUUGUUGAAGAAAAUGCUCAUUCAUGUGUUCAUUCAUUCCUUCCUUCAUCCACUCAAGUACCUGGGGAAGCCCACAGAUGAGGAGAAACAGACGGUGUAGCACUGGCAGUCCGUUUGACCAAUGUCAGAUAUUGGGGCUUAUGAGAACCCCUCAUUGCUCAAAGUGUGAUACGCCAAUCAUGUAUCAUCACCAUCAGCUGGAGUUUGUUAGACGUGUAAAUUCUUGGAGCCCACCCUAAGCGCUGCAUAAGGACAUCUGCUUUUAAACAAGAGUCCCAGGUAAUUCCUGUGCACAACAGAGAUCACUGGUGAGCACAAACCCAGAAAGCAGAAUGAGUUUGCCUUCCUAAGCGUCCAGGUAAGCUGAGAAAACAGAGCACCCAGUCAUGGGAAUAAAUCUUAGUGUUUGCUGCCACCUUGAGGUGAAACUCCUCACUGAGGCAGAAUUUGCUCUUCUCCAUGCAAUAAAUGCAGAAAGAUGGAACUGGCUGAGCCAGACUCUCCACCUUUUCAGCCUUGUACCUUGAGAGACCACUGCAAAAUUCCAAUAUGUGAUGAAACAGCCCCUGGGAUGCAUGGCAACAGCUAGACUCUUCCGGUGGGUGUCCUGCAAGUCACAGCAUUCUCAGCCCCAGCUGACGGAUCCAAAGAAGCUCAAGUUUUGUUGAGCACCAGAUCGUUGGCAUUCCUAUGGAUUCUUUCCCCCUCUGGGAUUCAAAUGUGCAUCUGAAUGUGACUGUCACUUGGUGUGUGAUUCUUUUUCUCAUUGUCACUCCAAUGGCGGUGGUUACAUGGUCAGAUCAAAUCUAUGAGGUAUUCCACAAUGUGCCGUGGAAUUUCCCACCGUUCUGUCAAAUGAAUCAUGGGUGACCUUUUUGAAGUUGGAACAAGGCCAGUCUCAUAAAUGAUGUCUCUAACGCCUGUAAGGAAUAAGGAGGAGAUUCUGAAAUUUUCCUACGUGCUUUACCCAAAGCAUCUUAGCACUCAACAGUGCCUUUGGUCACUGUGUGAUUCCCUUUGGAAAAUUUUGAGCUGAAGAGUUAAAGAAAUCCAACACAGCUACCGCCAGCAAAAGAACCCACAAUGGACCACCCUCAGCUGUAUCUACCUGUACCCCUUAAGGUUGCCUAUGGAAGAGCUGGCCACCAUCAAAGAUCCCAGCCACCCAUGAAGAAAACUGGCUCAUUCAAAAGAAGGGGCAUUGAAAGAUGGCACAGGGCUGUGUCUACUGACUUAGUAAAACAAAGCGUGUUGGUCCCCAAAGAGGAAUCAUCCAGUGAAAGUGACGGAGGGUUUUAUGAAAGCCAGCAAAACCAGAAAAAAAACCUGAUGAGGAAAAUGAGGACUGCUCUCGGGAGAAUCCUGCCUUACACGUGCAGGGGCAAGUCAGCGGGCACCAGCAGAGAGGACCCCACCAACCCCAGGAAAGGCCCCCUGUCAAGCGCACAGAGGCUCCUUCCUAGAAUUGUCAAGGAGCUUCCUUCGCCCAGGUCAUUUACCAAACCCAGAAUGAGAAAGCUCUCACAGACUGCAACUAUACAACUCGAUGUAGAAGCGGAGACAGAGGAGAUAACUCAAGGAAAUACAUUCCUCAGGGCCAGGAGAACUACCAAGCGGUUAUCUGUGACGUCUCUGCCUUCGGGACUGCAAAAGGUAUCAUAUUCAUCCAAAAAGAGGUCAUAUUUUCCAGGGCUUAAAAAAAAGAAACGUGGCGUGGAAAACAUCCUCCAAAAAUCAGACUUGACAGUCGGAAAGCUUCAAAUGCAGGUGGAUGACCUUUUAGAAACAGUGACCGAUAAAUCUAAGAAACUGUUGGCCCAAAGACACGCUGAGCUUCAACAGUGUGAGUUUCUAGGAGACGAAAUUCUUCAGUCUUCUAAGCAAUUCCAGAGGAUAUCCAAGAGAACUAUGAGGAAGUAUAAACUGAAAAAUGUGUGCUUCCCAUGUACCUGCUGCUGCUUCUGACUUUUCUGGAGAAGUUAUCUUUUGUAGGGAUUCUUACCUUUUAAUACAUACUCUGGAUUCAAUUUCUGUAGUGAAUUAAUAAAUAGGGGGCUUUUUAUAAUAGAA